AUGUCUUUCGCGCGAGGAGAGCGAUUUGAACUUAAUCUUGACUCCGAUGAUGAGGAACAAGAUGCGCCACAAGGGAAUCACGAAGCUGCUGCACAACCACCGCCCAUCUACGACUUCGUCGGUGAUAUCAAAGAGCGCGUAUCAACCACAGCAAAGCCUCCAACAGCCCCAACAAUAAGAAGCAGCAAAAAUGGGUUCCCGACGCAUAAGAAGCGAGACAGAGUCUCUGCAUUCAGGCAACAAAGAGCUACAAAUGCGACUGCAAAUAACCAAACUGCGCCUGCAGCGUCAAGGAACUCUGAAGUACUCAGACGCGAUGGCGAGCUAACACGCGAGGAAACCGAGCGGGAAAGGAUAGACCGAGAGAACAACCAGCGCCUCGCUGAGAUGUCACCGGAAGAAAUAGAGCAAGAGCAGAAAGAGCUCUUCGAGGGCUUAAGCCCAGCACUCAUCCAGAGGCUCCUCGGACGCGCCACCAUCGACGAUGGGCGGAACGAAAACGCCUUCGACUCAGUGCUACCCUCUACUGAUCCUCCUAGAUCCCCCCCAAAACCUAAAGCCGAGCCCUCCAACAGAAAAGUCACAUUCGACUCCUCCGUCUCUGAUAUACCUCCUCCUACCGAACCCGCCGCCCCUCCAUCUCCACAACUACAACCCACCACAGAACCAACCCCCGCCCCCCCAAGCAUCCACUUCCCCCAAUCCCCUCACCCACCCGACCUCGACCCUACCUCCUCCACCUUCCUCACAGACCUCCACGACCACUACUUCCCCUCGCUCCCGCACGAUCCCUCCCGCCUCGCCUGGCUCACGCCCCUCGACCCUGCCGACACAUCCUCCCCAUACCAUCCCUCCCAGAGCGCGCUGAACCCCUCCGAUCUCCGCUUCGGCUUCAACGGCGCCCUCAUCCCGCCCCGCAUGGCCGCUGCUAUACCGACGACAAAGGGCCUGCACCACCACGGCGACGCGCCCGAGGCGGCGGGGUACACGAUCCCGGAGCUCGCGCGGCUGGCGAGGAGCAAGGUGGCUGCGCAGCGGUGUGUGGCGUUCCAGACGCUGGGGCGGGUGCUGUAUAGGCUGGGGAAGGGGGAGUUUGGGGUUGAGGAGGGCGUAGUGACGGUAGAUGGGCCGGUGAGGGUGGCGAGGGAUCCGGGGUUGGCGGGGGAUGAUGAGGAGGAUGAGGGUGGGGAGGGGGAUAGGGCGGAGAGUGUGGGCUCGGCGAUGUGUAGGGGGCUUUGGGAGUGUGUGGAGGAGGGGAGGGUGGUGGAGACGCUGGUGGAUGAGUCGGAGAGGGAGGGGGGCCAUUUGACGGCGAAGACGUAUGCGCAGGAGGCGUUGUGGAAUUGGAGGAGGGGUGGGGGGAGGAAGAGGAAGGCGGUUUGAGGGAUGGUACUGGCGAAGGAGUUUACUCGAAAUCGCAUCUAGCAAGUGCUGCGUUGAGUGGAUGAAUACGUAUGGGUUCUCUCAGCCCCCUUUGGUCUAAUUUGGGGCUUAAGGGAUCCUUGGACCUUCGCAUGACUUUUCCCGUCUUCCGUAGUCUAUCGGAACAAACAAGAUUAGGUACACAGAGGCUUGUGCAUAGGCUGGCAGAAACCGUCGAUCGCAAGAAAUAGCUUACCGUUUCAGCUUGGGCAAGGAAACAGACUAUUCAAAAACCUUUCAACCGGGUAUACCUCUCUAGAAAAGAGCUUUUAAAC